AAUUACUGCGCCGCUCGCCGGUUUAUAAAGUUCCCGCGAGCAGUUAGUACUGUUAAAUCGAAACUUGCGCUCUUGAACGUUGAAACGCUGAAGGAGCAUCUUCGCUGACGCAACUCGGAGCUCUCCUCUAGCUAAAGAGAAAAGCUGUAUUAUUAUCAACAUAUAGAAUUGAUCAUGAGUCUUAUGGACGAGUUGACUCCGAAGCAGAAAGAAGCUCUUGAUGUGCUGAAAAGCAGAAUUGUUGAUGAAGUGAAUCCAGAAAUGAAGGAUGAUUUUUAUUUGUAUCUCCGCUUUCUUAGAGCUCGAGAUUUCAAUGUGAAUUUAGCAGAAGAUAUGCUUAGGAAUCAUCUCGCGUGGAGAAAAGCAAAUCAGAUUGAUAAUAUCAUAACGGAUUUUGCCCCAGCCAAAAAAAAUGGCCAAAUCGAAUCCUCUGCCAUAUCCGAGAUCAAGUACGAGAGUGGAUCGGAACUCAGGAAAUCAAGAAUUGCGGUAGCGAUCAAGUAUCUUCCUUUCACUAGAAUCGGCUUCGAUAAAGAUGGAUGCCCGGUACGAUAUUUCGCGUUUGGAAACAUGGAUUCCAAAGGAAUUCUAAAGUCUGUUAAAAGAAAUGAAUGUAUCAGAGGAAUAAUACAAUGUUUUGAAGAAGAUGUAGCAGCAAUGAAAGAGCAAUCUAAGAAAAUAGGGAAGCCAGUACAACAGUGGACAUAUAUCUUCAACUUCGAUGGUUACACUUUUGCUAAGGCAACUCAUAAACCAACAUUAGAGACUUUAAUUGCAUUAUUUGUGCAGUAUGAAGCAAAUUAUCCGGAAAGAUUAAAAGCUGCUUACAUAAUAAAUGCUUCAGUAUACUUCUCCAUUGCAUUUUCGAUCAUCAAACCCUUACUGUCCGGUGCAACGCUGAAAAAAAUUACCAUUUAUGGCAGAGAUGGCUGGAAAAACGAAUUGUUGAAGACUAUUGAUCCCGAGGUUUUGCCUGCUUUCUUGGGAGGAGACCGCACAGAUCAUGAUGGAAACACAAUGUGCAAUACUAUAGUAAAGCAUGGAUGUUUGGUUCCUGAAGAGUAUUAUAUGACCAAGAGCUCUAAUCGCCUAAGUAGCCAACCAGGAGUUAAGAAACUAUCUGUAGCCCGUCUCUCCAAAGUAUGUAUAGAACUGAACGUUGAAGAAGCAGGUUCAUUGAUUGAAUGGGAAUUUGAAACUGAAAAUCGAGACAUUGGUUUUGUACUUUUGCGCAAGGAGAGCAAUAGUAAUGAUUGCACACCCAAAGAAUUAAUUCCUGAACAAAGAAUAGACACUCAUAUGGCUACAGAAGCAGGAAUGUACCAAUGUGAUCGUCCAGGAACAUAUAUUUUGGUCUUUGACAAUACUUACAGCUGGUUCCAUUCUAAAGAAAUUUACUGCAAGGCUACUGUUGCAAGUCCUAAAGGUCAACAAAUUUAUGUGCUGGACUAAUAAUUAAAUUCCCCAAGUGUGCAUUUGUGAUGAAUUGUAUAUAUGUCUGAUAAGUUUCAACUGACGAUUAUUUUAUUGGCAUCUUGAGUUUCCCCAUCAUUUCGUCAGAAAUAUAAUAAUUUUAAACUGCUAUUGUAAGAAUUUAAAUGCUUAUUACGGCAUUUUAAAAUUUUUACUGAAACAUUUAAAAUGGGUUUUGCUGGAUAGGAGAGAAAAACGUCUGUACUUCAACAUUCUCUGAGUGGUUUGUAUUUGUCAAUCCUUUGACUAAAACUGCUUCACAAAUGGAAACGGUGAUUAGCGUUCUAACUAAGCCAGCUACAGCUUAAAUCCCGGUUAAGGUAUGGAAGUUCGUGGUUUAAAAUCCACUGGAGAUUCUGCUUUAGCUAUCUCAAAUGCAAGCAGAUAAAAAGAAUAGCAUGCACUUGCAGUUUAAACCAAGAAAUGCCUAACGAAUGCAUUACUUAGGACACCGUAACGCUACAAAAAUGAAGCAUUCAUCUUUCUGUUUCAACCUAUUACUUUUAGUCUUUGAAAAUAUUGUGCAGGUUAGUCAUUAAAAAGUAUAUAUCUUAAUCAAAUAUGAUGCAAAGUCUUAUAUAAUGUAAUGAAAAAUAAGCAUAACUAUAUUUUUCUUGACGUAAAAUAAUUUAAAUGUUCAUGUGUUUGUUCAUAAAUUAUAUGUUGCUAUCAUGCAAAGUUCUAGCAAUUGUACAAAACACGGGGUCUACAUUUAUUUUGCAUUAAAUUAUUUUUCACACAUAAUGAAUAGAAUUUCCUGGUUUAUCAACAAAAUUUAUAUGAGGUACAUCUUUAAGUUCUGUAUUUGAAAUACAUUUCUAUGUUCCUACUCCACUAAACUUGUAAUUUCCUUGUAGUAGUGCACCUGAAAAAUCAUUUUUCAUCUCCAAUAAGAAUUUUGUAAAUAUUUUCAUUUGGGAUUUCACUACUUUUCAAAUAAUAUUCUCAGAAUAUCUAUUAUUUGAAUUCCGGCCAGUCCGCCCACAACUCUAUUUAUUUCAUUUAAAUGCCAUUAGAAAACUAUAUUCCUCACUUUUAGCAAGCACGUAACCAAAAAAUUGUUUCAAAUCAAAAUAAUGUAACAUUUGUUUAUAUUUUACAUAAUAUGUUUUUUCCAAAUGCAGUACGUGUUGUAAAAAAAUGACUUUUUAAGCACUCAGGAAACUAAAGCUAUUAAUGAUAUAAAUUUCUUUCAAUAUGUAAAGAAUUCUCCUUGCUACAGUUUUUGAAGAACUUUAAAUUCCAGACUGAUUGUGAUAAUUUAGAUUUUUCAACUAUCAGUUAGUACAAGAUCUCAUAAUCAUACAUAUAUUUUUCUGCAGUUCUUCUAUGCACUUCUUUAAUACUUGCUUUUAAGAGAACAUUCUGAAAACUAAUUCACCAUUACUUUAUUGUUGAUUGAUCCCUCAUCAGUGAUAUAUUUUCAUUGUCAUAGUUUAUGUGUGGAUAUUACAUAAUGGAAAAAUAUUGCAGUUUUAUAUUGUGCAUCAUUUAAGUGUAAAGGCAUUUUCAGUGCGCAAGAUUUAACAUGUGCGUGUAUGUGUGUGUAUAUAUAUAGAGAGAGAUUGAUAUACAUAUUGCAUAAUAAAUAUUUUUUUAUUCCUUGUGUUUA